GCUUGUAGUGUAUAUACCUAGGUACUAACAAACUUAUAAGCUUCGUAGUGCUCGUCUACCAUUCUUAUUCGUAUCAUCAUCUUUUAUGUCUCAUCAUUCAUAACGACAUUAUUGACGAUGGGGAGGCAAUCUAUUACCAGCGCUGGACCGCGCAGGUCUGCGGAGAUGACAGCAGCAGAUGACGCACUCGCCAAGAUGGGUUACAAGGCCGAGUUACCUCGAAGUCUGAGUAUGCUUUCGGUGCUUGGCUUAUCCUUUGCUAUUGUACGUAGUAGUUAUACUAUAAGUAUUUAUUCAUUCUAACAGAACUCUGUCUAUAUCGCAUCCUAUCCCGAUGACGUCUCGUGACUCAUAUAUCAAUGGUCAUUAUAUAACUGGAUAGCUUCUGGAUAGCUUCUGGAUAGCUUCUGGAUAGCCUCAUGCAAUGUUACUAACACAUAAUAGAUGGCCGUUCCAUACGGUCUCAGCACUACAUUUUACAUAUCGCUAGCAAACGGACAAUCAGUCACCGUUAUCUGGGGCUGGGUACUGCUUUCUCUUCUUUCGACUGCCAUCGCUGCUUCGCUCGCCGAAAUCUGUUCCGUGUAUCCUACUGCGGGUGGCGUUUACUACUGGGCCGCAUUGCUAUCAACGCCUCGCUGGGCCCCGAUUGCGAGUUGGAUCACAGGUUGGCUGACGCUGGUUGGUAACUGGACCGUCACCCUCUCUAUCAACUUCGGCGGUGCGCAGUUGAUUCUCAGUGCCAUUUCGCUAUGGGAUGAGGAUUUUGUUGCCAACGAAUGGCAGACCAUCCUUAUGUUUUGGGCCGUUAUGCUCGUGUGCUACUUGAUUAAUAUUUUUGGAUCUAAAUAUUUGGAUCUUAUCAACACCGUCUGUAUAUACUGGACUGGUGCCUCCAUCGUCAUCAUCUUGAUCGUUCUCUUGGUCAUGUCGCCGAGCAAGAGAAGUGGAGAGUUCGUGUUUGCACACUAUGAUGCCUCGGCGUCGGGCUGGCCAGCCGGCUGGUCAUUUUUCGUCGGUCUCUUGCAGCCUGCAUAUGUGCUGACGGGCUACGGCAUGGUCGCAGCCAUGUGCGAGGAAGUACAGGCGCCUGAGCGCGAAGUUCCCAAGGCUAUCGUCCUGUCAGUCGUGGCGGCCGGUCUUACAGGUCUUAUCUAUCUAAUUCCGGUCCUUUUCGUGCUGCCGGAAGUCCAAACGCUCCUUGACGUCGCGAACGGUCAGCCAGUUGGUCUCAUUUUCAAGACGGCAACAGGAAGUGCCGGGGGUGGCUUCGGAUUGCUAUUCCUCAUCCUAGGUAUUUGGUUAUUCGCCGGCGUUGGUGCGUUGACGGCUUCAAGCCGUUGUACUUACGCUUUUGCACGCGACGGCGCCAUCCCUGGCUCAGGUCUCUGGAGUAAAGUCGAUAAGCGGUUCGAUAUCCCGUUAUGGGCUCUCACUCUAUCGGCGAUUGUAGAUUGCUUAUUAGGCCUCAUUUACUUCGGUUCAUCGGCAGCAUUCAGCAGCUUCACGGGAGUCGCUACGAUAUGUCUCUCAACUUCGUACGGAUUGCCAAUCCUAGUCUCCGUUAUGGGCGGUCGGAAGCAGCUAGAACACGCUUCAUUUUCCCUUGGUCGUUUUGGUUUCGUUAUCAAUGUGACAACGCUGCUAUGGAUUGUCCUUGCCAUCUUCUUAUUCUGCAUGCCGACUAAUCUCACCGGGCUGGACGCCUCCACCAUGAAUUAUGCUAGUGUGGUAUUUGCAGGUUUCGCAGCCAUCAGUAUCAUCUGGUAUUUUGCAUGGGGCCGCAAACAUUUCUCUGGGCCCCCGGUCUUGAAGUCUGAAAUGGUUGAUCAUGGUGUGGGGGUUGUUAGGGGACAAUCUCUAGACGAGGAGGUGGGAGCGAAGGAAGCAAGCACGAAAGAAGGGUCUGAUUCGAAGGUUGUAGGAUAUCCUGUAGGUCUAGCUACCUAAAGUUGAUGAAUCGAAAGGUAAACUACUGUUUCUGUGCUGAUAGUCUAGACAUUUAGGGGUCAAUGCGAAUGGCCCCUUUUUACUAAUAGAGUUAAAUCUAAUAAAAUCACAUCGACGUAGGACGGUGC